AUGGAGAAAACCAAACGACCAUUAAACGAAGAUGAAGCGGACAAGCAAGAGUUAUCAUUGCCACAAAAAAAGUACUAUAGGCAAAGAGCUCAUUCAAAUCCUAUUGCCGAUCACGAUUUUGAUUACCCCAGUUGCCCAGAGGCUUAUGAUUGGUCCACACUAUACCCUGAUGUAACAAACACAGAGUCCAACAUUUAUAACAAGCGGGUUGAAAUGUUGGACAUUGGAUGUGGGUAUGGUGGUCUCUUAGUUACUUUGUCGCCCAUGUUUCCGGAUUCGAUGAUCCUCGGGAUGGAGAUAAGAGUAAAAGUAUCUCAAUAUGUCAUCGAGAGGAUUAAAGCACUUAGAGCCAACCAACCCAAUUGCUAUAACAAUAUAGCAUGUAUAAGAACUAAUGCAAUCAAAUACUUACCAAAUUUUUUUAAAAAAGGCCAAAUAAACAAGAUGUUUUUUCUUUACCCAGACCCCCAUUUCAAAAAAUCCAAACACAAGUGGAGAAUCAUCAAUGACACUACAUUGUCUGAGUACGCUUAUGUGUUGGCUGAGGAAGCACUGGUGUAUACAGUUACAGAUGUGAAAGAUUUGCAUGAAUGGAUGGUUCAGCAUUUCUCUGAACAUGGUCUAUUUAAACGUGUAGAAGAUGGAGACUUGAAAGAUGAUCCUGUUGUUGAUAAAUUGUACGCAAGUUCAGAAGAAGGAAAAAAAGUGACAAGAAAUAAUGGAGACAAGUUUUUAGCUGUUUUUAUGAGAAUUAAGGAUCCAGAUUUAUAG